GGGAGAUGCGCUUUCUGCCAGAAGGAUUUUUAUUCAAGCUUUGGUUUGCCGGUGACCCUGUCCGGAGGUAACCUCAACGCCGGCGCUCCCUCCCGACGCCGUCGGUUGUUGGGCCCCAAGCGGCCAGCUGUCCUCCAGAAAAAGCAUCCCAAGGAGAAAGAAUCAUCGUCAUCAGGUCUUGAAAUCAAGGUUCAGCUGAGUUACCGUCUUGUUCAAUCUGGCUUCUCUGGAUUUUGUGUCUUCAGUAAAGCAGACCCCAAGAGGACCGAUCAGUUCUUGAAUUCUAAAACCAUGGCCCACGGUUUGGUGACAUUCUCCGAUGUAGCCAUAGACUUCUCUCAGGAGGAGUGGGCAUGUCUGGACUCUACGCAGAGAGACCUGUACUGGGACGUGAUGUUGGAGAACUACAGUAACUUGGUCUCGCUGGAUUUGGAAUCACCAUAUGAGACCAAGAGUUUACCUACACAGAAGGGCACUUAUGAGAUAAAUUUUUCCAAACAGAACUCAAAUAGAAAAAGUAAAUCCCUUGGCCUUGACUGGAUGUGUGAAGGUGAGUUUGAAGGACCACAGGCCCCACAAGAGGGAUAUAUCAAUCAAAUCAACUGUGGGAAAGCGCCCACUUGCAGAGAAAAUACCUCUGUCCGACCACAUCAGAGACUUCAUAACAGGGAAAAUUCCUAUGAAUGUAAGGAAUGUGGAAAGGCCUUUAGCCGAGGCUAUCAACUUACUCAACAUCAGAAAAUUCACACUGGUGAGAAACCCUACGAAUGUAAAGAAUGUAAAAAGGCCUUCCGUUGGGGUAACCAACUUACUCAACAUCAAAAAAUUCACACUGGUGAGAAACCUUAUGAAUGUAAGGACUGUGGGAAGGCGUUUCGGUGGGGUUCAAGCCUCGUUAUUCAUAAGAGAAUUCAUACGGGUGAGAAGCCCUAUGAAUGUAAAGACUGUGGGAAGGCCUUCAGACGCGGUGAUGAGCUCACUCAGCAUCAGAGAUUUCACACCGGUGAGAAAGACUAUGAAUGCAAAGACUGUGGGAAGACCUUUAGCCGAGUGUAUAAACUAAUUCAGCAUAAGAGAAUCCACAGUGGUGAAAAACCCUACGAAUGUAAAGACUGUGGGAAGGCCUUCAUUUGUGGUUCCAGCCUCGUUCAACAUAAGAGAAUUCACACCGGUGAGAAGCCCUAUGAGUGCCAAGAAUGUGGGAAGGCCUUUACUCGCGUCAAUUAUCUCACUCAGCAUCAGAAAAUUCACACUGGUGAGAAACCUCAUGAGUGUAAGGAAUGUGGGAAGGCCUUCCGCUGGGGUUCGAGUCUCGUGAAACACGAGAGAAUUCAUACGGGUGAGAAGCCAUAUAAAUGUACAGAAUGUGGGAAGGCCUUUAACUGUGGCUAUCACCUUACUCAGCAUGAGAGAAUCCACACUGGUGAAACGCCUUACAAAUGUAAGGAAUGUGGAAAGGCCUUUAUUUAUGGGUCAAGCCUUGUCAAACAUGAGCGAAUUCAUACAGGGGAGAAACCCUACGAGUGUAAAGAAUGUGGGAAGGCCUUCAGUCACGGCCAUCAACUUACACAGCAUCAGAAAAUUCAUACUGGUGAGAAACCCUCUGAGUGUAAGGAAUGUGGAAAGGCAUGUAAACGUGUAGACCAUCCUCCAGAACAUCAGAGAAUUCAUGCUGUUGAGAAACCUUUUGGGUACAAAGAGCAUACAGAGGCCUCUAUUCAACAUUCAUUUCUUCCACGACAAGAGGAAAAUCCAUGAUGAGACUUAACGCAAGAAAGCCUUCACGGUCCCUCUUCUGCUUAUAGAAUAUCAGAAGUCAUAUGAGAGGUGAAUUUGGAGUAUUGGAGAAAUCACUUUUUCUUAUCGAUCACAACAUACUCAGUUGUAGACUAUUUUCUACUGGAUAGGUUAGUUUCCUGAAUGCGUAGAAACCUUCCAAUACCAUUUCAUCUCUGUCGUAUUUCAGAUUUGUUCUAAGGUAAAACUCUGCUAAUGGAGCAUAUGUGGGAGAGCUUUUCUCGUGGUACAUACCGCUACCUGUUUCCAUCACCAUCCCACCUCUUUACUCCCUGUGAGGCACUGAGAAAAUUAGCUAUUACUCUCUGUGCAUUAUCUGUGAAAUGGCGAUAAUCACACCUACCUAAUACUGCUGUUGUGGUGAUUAAAUGAGUUUGGUACAUGUAAGCUCCUUGAACGUGUAUCUGAAAUGUUGUGUAAGCUCAAUAAAUAUUAGCUGUUUUUGUUGUUCUCAUUACCAUUAA